AUGUCGCUCUAUCUCGCAGUCAGCGUCUCGUCGCAUCAUGGCUCCCCACAGAGCGAAGAAGAGCUAGCCAAUACGAAAACCGAUGAAGAGCUCCAACGCGAAGAAGAUGAGAUCUUUACUGCAGUUCCAGAGACCCUCGGAAUCGGCGCCCCUCUCCCUGAAAAAGCAGCCGACGGAAGCUGGAACCGUACAGAACUAGGCUCAAACGAUAAACUACGAAAACAGUUACUUGGCAAAAACUAUGAUCGAUUUAUGAAAGCUGCUGCGGCGAAUAAGGCACAGUUGAAAACUACUCCGGCGACACAGGCGACAACUUCGAAUACACAAGAUAAUGAUAGCGAGGAUGAUGAGGAGGGUCGGACGGCCACUAUUGGACAGAAGAAGAGGAAUGUUAUGCCGAAGAAAGUCAAGGCUGUUGUGAACUCCGAGGAUCAAGAGAAGGAUGUUCAGGGUGAACAGGAUGCGUCUACGCCAAAUGAGGUUCCUGUGCGACAGGCUCCUUCGAAGGGGAGAAAGAAGGCUACGAGCUAUUUGGAUGAGCUUUUGGCUGAGCGGGCGAAGAAGAGAAAGAAGAAAUAA